UUGACAGUUAAGUUGGUUUAUGUUCAGUUCAAAAAGUGCUAAGUCAAUUACGAAAAUGGCAGCAUUUUAUAACGCUUCUCUUGCCAUAGGCUCUGAUGAAGUUAAGGAUUUUAUUUGUUCGUCAUGCGAAGAGCAAGCAAAUGCAGAUUUUUACUGCAAAACAUGUUCGAAACUUUAUUGUGGAAAAUGUAUUCAGUUGCAUGAUAAGUGGUUUCAAAAACAUUCAACUUAUGGAAGGAAUGACAUGAAAAUGGUGGAAUUUCUAUUAAAGUGUGAAGCGCACAAGGACGACACAAUUGAAAUGUUAUGUGAUGACCACAGUCAGCUGUGCUGCACAAAGUGUGCCUUCAAAAAUCACAGCCAGUGCAGAAAAGUGACCCAGAUUUCAGAGCUGACCAACUCGCAGCCCACAGGCUUAGAGAGGCUGUCAGUGGAGCUGGAAACUGUCCUGGGGGAAAUUAAAACCCUGCAAAUCAGUCAGGAGGCCAGCAUUCAGUCAUUGCAGAGAACAUACAAGGAACAUAGGGAAGUUAUGAUAGAGCAAAUGUGUGGCAAUUUAAAUACUUAUAUAGAUGAAUGUGAUAACAAUUCUGUGGGUACAUCAGGCGUAAAUGAGCAAUAUUUAAAAGAAGAGAUGUGUAGGAAUGUUGUUUCUAUCGUGAAUGAAUUCAAUAAUAUUACUGCGAAGGAACUUAACGAGAUGAAAGAUGAAGUUAUAAGCAUAAAAGGGUCAGUUACAAGUUCUAUUCAUAAAUGCACAAGUCUUCACUAUGACUUGUCGCAAUUCCAUGAAAUCGUUCAGAACAUUGGAGAUAAUAAGGAGCUCUGCCUUAUAGCCAGCAUAAAAUGUAAGCAUAUAAUACAGCAAGCAUUGACUCUGCUAGGAAAGUCAGGCAAGGCGUUUAACGUCCAGCGGAAGUCAGUGCACAAUGUGAGAAUACCAAGUGAUUCACAUUCAUGUAAUAUCACAGGCAUAUGUGCUCUCCCAGAUGGACAGGUCCUGGUUGCAGAUAACGAUAAUAAGAGAGUCAAGCUUCUGAACCAGCACUACCAGGUGGUGAGUCACUGGGAUGUGACUGCUAAGCCAUUGGGCAUAUGUCAGAUCACACCCAGUGAGGUUGCAGUGGCUAUGAAUGUUGAGGUCCAGUUUAUCACAGUAAGCCAGAGCCAACUCGCCAAAGGCAGGAAGCUUAAAUUACAACAUCCUUGUGAUUGUAUUGCCCACCAUCAAGGAGACCUGUUUAUUGCAUCUGGUACUGCUCUGUACAAGUACACUCUGAAUGGCAAACUAGUCUGCAAACUCUAUGAAAAUAAAUCAGAUAAUUAUAGAGUAGUGAGGUGUGCUGUGAGUCCCACAGGGGACAGGCUGUACAUCAUCAGGCAGAGCAAGCUUCUCACCCUGGCCAGGGAUGGAACACUCCUGGCUACAUUGACAGACCCAAAACUACGAUACCCAUAUGGUCUACAUGUGACUCCUGCAGGCCAGGUGCUGGUCUGUGGAUGGCUGACCUGCCCUGUACAGGUGGACUGGAAGGGGGAGAGUAUGCUGACCACUCUGGCUACACGGGUGAGGAAUGGAGUGUCAGUCUGCUACAGCAGCACAACAUCAUCCAUCAUUGUGGGACUGUUCAGGGACGAUGACAUCCUGGUGUUCAGAGUGGAAUAGUGUAUACAUUCGCUGCUGAGUCAGGACAACGAUGCUGAGGAUGUGGUGGACAAGAAUGACCUGACUACGCAGAAGCAACUACUAAACACAAAAGACAAAGGAAUAGUGAAAGGCUCAGCCAAAUCAAAGUCCAGCGAUGUGAGGGUGACACAGCCUUUCAAUGUCCUCGUAUUGCAACAUGAAGGACAUUUUAGCUGAAACUAACAAGGGAGAGAACUGUAGAUCUGCACCAGCACAGAGCACCAGCAUUGAUAUCGAGUUGGCCCAGCAACCGCACGAGUCCCGCCUGCAGGAGCCCCAGUCCAGAAUGGCCAUUCCCCUCCCCUGACUUCUAACUCCUCCCCCUUGACCUCCUGACUCAAAAAGUCAGCAUCGUUGAACAACUCCAUUCUGCAGGAAAUUCUGAGCAUGAUUCUGUUCUGAACAAACGCAAUGCCCACGUCUAGUUGUCCACACAUAAGCCUGGGUAGUUUUGUUAAGCUAGAGUUCCGCGUGGGCCUGAGAGGGACGAGUUUUACAGACAAAAAAGUUAUAACAGUAGUUAUGGUAAAGCUAACAGUCAGUUGUUGCUGUUGGACAUCACAACAAAUAUCAGACGAAUAAAAAGUUCAAUAACUUGUUUCAAUCUUUAUGGGACAAACAGAAAUUGAACGGGAGAAAAUCAAGGAACAAUAAAAGCGUGAGCUUUCAUAGUGUGAUACUUCUGUUAAUAGUUUGGACGACAGUAUGGUUACAGACUGCCCCAGAUUGUCCUCUCAGCAGCCAAAAUAUUAUAAUAGAACGGACUUUUGGCAAUGUUACUGACAAAGAAAGGCAGUAAUGACUUGGUUGUGUAUACCCAGAACACAAUACAUCCAUGGUGACACAGAAAGGCAGUAAUGACUUGGUUGUGAAAACCCAGAGCACGCUACAUCCGUGCUGACAAAGAAAGGCAGUAAUGACUUGGUUGUGAACACCUCGUGAACACCUCAAGCACGAUACAUCCAUGCUGAGAAAGAAAGGCAGUUAUGACUUGGUUGUGAACACUUAGAGCACGAUACAUUCAUGCUGACAAAGAAAGGCGGUAAUGACUUGGUUGUGAACACCCAGAGCACGAUACAUCCAUGCUGACAUAGAAAGGCAGUAAUGACUUGGUUGUGAACACCCAGAGCAAGAUACAUACAUGGGGUGUGCAUCAGACGCGAAUUCUGCCUAUUAUUGUAAACAAGUUGCUAAAAGUGAACAUGUCUGGUGUUGUUAUGUGCACUUCCCACUAAGAGCCCAAAAGGUCCUCGCAUUGAAUCGAUGCAAAUGAAGACUUUGAAAAAUGACGUCAGUUGUGUUGUGUGGUCCAGUAAUCCUUUCAACUCUCAACCUGAAGUUUAUCAAAACUCAAACUCAGCCCUUUGCAAUAUCACACCUUGCAACACAGUGUACUUUACCAUGAAUGUUUCGCGGUUUAAAACACCAAAAUUUCAAUUUAAAGUUUGUGCGCGAACAUAUUGAUACAUUGCUAUUCUGAGUUCUAAUAGUGAUAUCCUAAAUAUCAAUAAUAGAUUAAAUGUUUGGCAUUAAAAAACAGGUGUGUAAAGUAAUUUGUUGCAGUGAAUAUUCAUUUGUCACUAAAAAAAAUCAGGGUUUAGUUUGCUUGUCAUUUCCUUUUUAGCAAUCAUUAUUAGACAACAAAACGAACGUCGUUUAAGUGAAAGUCCAAGACAAUUCCGACCCAGUUUGGGCACAAAUACAAUAACUAAUUAAAGAAAUUCAGUUUGUCUUGCGUCAGCCUACAUGUAGCAAGCCUCUUAUAAACAUCUCCCAAGCUACAUCAAUGCUUCCAACAGCGGAGCUGGGCAUCGACACAUUGUUCUGAACGAGUCGCUCUAACUACAACGAUCUGAUCCAACAGAGAGCAGGCUCUGCAUGACUCCUCUGUUAAUGUGACUGACCUCGAUAUGUUGCUUUCCAAUAAUGUGAAUCUUACUCCAGAUUAGCUGUCUGCGAUUGACACAAUUCAACAACAGUUGUUGUCAGGAAUUUCCGGCUUUGGGAUGGCGAUUUGGCGUCGGGGCUUCAUCUCUGUCUUUGGCCUGGUAGCAGCAGAAGCAGCAACAAGAACAACAAUUAGUAGCCUGUUCCUACAGGAACCCAUGCAAUCAUAGAUCUGUACCUAGCUGAACAACAGGCUGUCUGGUCAGCUGGGCCCAGACGCCCAGUGACACUUCCUGGCCCAGGACCUUGGGGCAAAUGCUCAACCAGUCCUACCCACAGUAUGGAGCCACACUGAACCUGGGGCUCCAUGCUUUCUUGGCCAGGGGCCAAGAUAACCUCGUCAAUAAGGGACACAUUCCUGGGAUGCCCUAAGGUCUUUCUAUCUGUUCACAGAGGUCUCAUACUCACAAGUUCAAACCCAGUGAGCGAUGUUCACAUUAUCAAACUCUGCAUCUCAAUAGAAACCCGGCUAUCAAAGCGUUUAGCUUGUUCUUGAAGCAUUUGCACCAGCAACAGUCAUCAUCUCGAGUUACUGGCAUCUCUAUGGUGUGGAACCCUCCUUCUGUGAACAUCAUAACAGCACAUGAACCAGUGGCAGUCAUCAUCUCAAGAUUCUGGUAUAUCCAUUGUGCAGGACCCUCGGUCUGUAAAGAUCAUUCAGAGUGAACCUCGGAUGCCAUUUGACGAAAUCAAACAAUCCAAUCAGAAACACAGCCUGUUGCAGCAGUUGUUACCAUAUUGACCCCAGUCAUACCUAUGAAGUCACUAGAUACAUACUUUUUAGAUGUGCUAGUCUCUACGUACCUCCUGGUUUGUUUAGCACUUACUCUGACUCUUUGAAUUUUAUGACGGGUGAAAAUGAAUGACCUUGUUCACUUCAAAAUGGCAAAAUGACACAUCCCAACAAUUCAAGUGGAAAGCCAGAAAGUCAUGUCAACAGCCACAUUUUGUAUGUGUAACAGCCAAGUUGUUUUCAAACAAAAACAAUAGUUUACGUUUUAUUUUUUAUGUGACCAACCAAGUUGUAUUCAAAGAAAAACAAUAAUUAAUGUUUCAUGGGAAUUAUGCUGUCAGUCUCUUUAUGUUGAAAGUUUUGGUUAAACAUAGCAUGUUAAGUUUUUUUUUAAAGCACACAUUGUGCAUUUAUAUCCAAUAUCUUUGUCUGUAUAAUGAAUUUUUCACUACAUAUUUUGAUCCUUAUAAUGGUAAAUGUAUGGGAAAAACAAUUUUAUCAAAGAUAUUCUAAGAUUGUCAAGUCUGUUAAAAUGAUGCUGGUAACUUUGACAAAAUUGAAAAAAGGAGUAUUUUCAUGUUAUUAGAUAUGUUUCAGUUUUGUGUUUUUACCCAUAAUAUAGAUAAGCUAAUUUAAUGAAUUGUUCACAAAGGUUUAUAACUUUUACGCUUCAGCUUUUUCUGUCUAUUAAUCCUUUCGAAAACAAUACUAGUCAAUUUGCUCAUUCGGGUCGGUUUUCGAUCAUGAAUCUUGUUUAGUAGCAUACUAUUUUAUUUAAAUAAUAAUACAUUCUGGGAAAAAUUAUUUAAUCAACCUAAAAUUAUUGAUUCUGUAAAUACCACUUUGUUGAUUUCAAUGGAUAUUGUUUGUAAAAUUAAUAUAGUAUGACUAUUGCGUGUUUGGGAAAGCUUUUAAUGAAACUGAGAAUUAAAAAAACAAAAAACAAAUAAAGAGUUUUAUGAAAAUUGGCAAAAAUUAUUAUUGUUAAUUUAUGUUGUUAGAUCAUAGACAUGUAUGCUCACAAUUGUUAAACUUUGUUUUUGGACACAAUAGUUUAUUAUGCUUCAUGUUUGUUAAUGCACAUGAAGAUAACCAGAGUGUUUCCUCUUUAAUAAGUGAGUAACUUAAUCAAGAUUUAUUGAUCACUGUAUAUAUUGUGUAGGAAUAUUUUGCCAUAUAUACAUAAAGCAACUGUAGAACAUUUGUAUUUUAAAUGUAAAUUAUUCUUGUAUUGUUGCCAUGUGUAUAAGAUAAACUAACUGUUUACCUUAGUUUGUAAAAACCUUUGUAAACAAACAUUUCCUGUGUGAAUGCUCAUAUAUAUAUUAAACUGUUAAAAUAAUGCACAGUACCAGACAAAAUAGUCAAUUACACAGUAAGGGAAAGUGUUGACAUAUGCUAACAAUUGUAAAAAAUUGCAAUUGUCUCUAUCUGUAAUAAUAGAGAGCAAUAUUAUUUGCUUAAAGAAUAUAAACAAAGAUGUCUGCUUUGUAAAUUAAUAAUUGUGUUUACAUCUCAACAUAAUAUGUAAAUACAUUAAAGUCUAAAAGGAUUUUUUGGAAUAAACACUUAAAUAAAUAUAUGUGCGUAUAUACGCUGAUUUUACAUCUGAUUUAGUUUUGUAACAGUGCGUUUGACCUUUCACGUUGACCAUCCCACACUUGCUGUCAGUGCAGUGCCUUCAUUAGGGUCAUUUUUAUGCCCCCGGUAGGGUGGCAUAUAGCAGUUGAACUGUCCGUCAGUAUGUCCGUCCGUCCGUUUGUCGGAAAAAAAACUUUAACAUUGGCCAUAACUUUUUCAAUAUUGAAGAUAGCAACUUGAUAUUUGGCAUGCAUAUGCAUCUCAUGGAGCUGCACAUUUUGAGUGGUGAAAAGUGAAGGUCAAGGUCACCCUUUAAGGUCAAAUGUCAAAUUUAUGGCGUCUGUCCGUCCGUCCGAAAACUUUAACAUUGGCGAUAACUUUUUCAAUAUUGAAGGUAGCAACUUGAUAUUUGGCAUGCAUAUGCAUCUCACGGAGCUGCACAUUUUGAGUGGUGAGAGGUGAAGGUCCAGGUCAUCCUUCAAAGUCAAAUGUCAAAUAUAUGGCGUCUGUCCGUCCGUCCAAAAACUUUAACAUUGGCCAUAACUUUUUCAAUAUUGAAGAUAGCAACUUAAUAUUUGGCAUCCAAAGAUAGCAACUUAAUAUUUGGCAUCCAUGUGUUUCUCAUGAAGCUGAACAUUUUGAGUGGUAAAAAAAGGGAGGUCAAGGUCAUCCUUCAAGGUUAAAGGUAUUUUUUUUUUAUUUCGUGUCGUUCCCAUGAAGCUGCACAUUGUGAGUGGUAGAAGGUCAAGUUCAUCGGUCAAGGUCAUCCUGCAAGGUCAAAGGUAAAAAAAUCAAAGUCGCGUUCUCAUGAAACUGCACAUUAUGAGUGGUGAAAUUUCAAGGUCAAGGUCAUCCUUCAAGGUCAAAGGUCAAAAAAAUAAAUUCAAAGCGGCGUUCCUAUGAAGCUGCACAUUUUGAGUGGUGGAAGUUCAAGGUCAUCCUUCAAUGUUAAAGGUCAAACAAAAUAUAUAAAAAUUCAAAGCGGCGCAAUAGGGGGCAUACUGUGUUUCUGACGAAAAACAUCUCUUUUUGUAAAUAUCCCACUGUUUAAGUUCAGCAAAUGUUUUAAGACCAGAAUUCCUUACACUUGGGGUUGUUAUUAUUUUACUUUUAUUGAAUGCAUGAAACAUGUGUGUUCUGUUGUUGAAUAGCUAAACAUAGCUUGAUGUUUGUAAAUUGUGUGACAAAUGUUGAUCAAAUUGAUACAUAGAAAAAAACACAAUCUUAGUUAACUUGUAUGUGUUAAUUACCAAACACAAAUAUAAGUAUUUGGUAACAAUACAACUAUUGUGCUUUAUUCGAAAUACAGUAUGAAAUGCAAUUUUAAAAUCAUGCCUUUAUAUGUUCGUCUUCUCCAAAUAAGCAUUUUGAAUAAGCAAAUAUAAUAUCUCUAUGGAAAGUAUCCGUAGGCCCCAUGCAAUGGCUUGUGUACCUCAUAUUGAUCAGGGUCUUUCUAAAUUAUUUCCUGAUUGUUUAUCCCUGUCUGAAUUGUGUAAAUAGCUUCAACAUCGUGAGAUAUCUGUUAAGAGGAUUUCAAUAUUAAAAGUUAAAAUAGUAUCUUAACUGCAUACAUCUGUUGCAUUCAUUUUUACAUGUUUAUAUGUUCUGGCUCACUGAGUUUUAUAUUGUCUAUAAUCUUGCGUACUUAAAUUGUGUUUUUUAAGACAACAUCAUUAUACUGAUUAUGCUGUUUUUGUCCAACAUUUCUAUAUAUACAAGUUGUAUGUAAAUAAUUAAAUAUGUAUAUGUUGAUGAUAUGUAUUUCCCGAUCUAAGUUUGAUGUUGAACUCUCAAUAAACGACAUGUUUUGCCAAUUUAA